AUGGCAUAACUUCCAUAGUUAAUUCCUUAUGAAGAAAUUUAUGAUUUGGAUACAUUUCAAUUAGAAGAUAUGUAGUCUAUGAUAAAAUCCUUUAUUACUGCUGAUGCUUAAUGGAAUAAAAAGGCUAAAAAGAUUUUAGGUCUAAUUGAGGUAGAACUUAAAGAAAGAUAAGCCAUUGAAAAUUUUGCUUUUAAUAUUCAAAUUGAAGAUUUCAUUUAAUAACCAAUCUAUUAAAAUAAUGCUCUUUAAGCUCUUUUAAAUGAUAUUAAAAAUAGACCAGCUAAUUAUUUGGAUGUAUACAUUUCUAAACUACCAUUAUAAAAAAAUGAAUAGUAAAAUAAAGAGAAAUUAGAAUAAUAAACUAAUCAAUAAAAUUAUUAAUAAACUACUCAAUAAACUUAAAAAUGCUUAUAAAAGUUUUGUAAUAGUAAUAAAAUUAAUCUGAUGCAAUGUCAACAAGUACUCAUCCUUAAAAUAAAUUAUAACCUAAAAAACCAAAUUAAUUACAAGAUUUCAUGA